AUGUCGACUAUUCCGCGCAACGGUCAAUCACUCAUUGACCAUCGUCAGCUCCUAUUGGAAGCCGCAGCGCAAUUCUCUGCGUGGGUUCAGACCCAAGCCCCAGGUGCUGUCGUGAUGCUUUGUGGCGGUCUCGCUUUGUCCCAGUACGGCAAUGCAAGGACUACGCUGGACGCGGAUUAUGUAUGGACUUGCGUAGGGCUCGUCGCGCAGGACGCUCGGUUGGUGGUCGGUCCGAAGAUCUACUGGAAGCAUCAGCCAUCCGGCAUGUACGUUCAAGUCGACUUCGUCGAUGCGCAUCUGUUCUGGGCACCGUUCGAUGUCGAGCAGAUGGUCGAUCGUAGCUUGCCUCUGCCAUCGCUCAACCUCCCUACGCUCCUCGUUGGAAAGCUCAAGUGCGCCCUAGAGCGCAACCAGGCGGACGUCAGAGAACGCAGGAUGAAGCAAGCCAAUGACCUGUGCCUCGCCACGAUCAAGGAAUUUGGCCGCCUCAGGCGAGACGUCCUGGCACCCAGUGGAAUGGAUUUGCAAGCCACCAGUUGGAUAGUCAACUGGAGACAGUUGGUGGUGGUGGUGGUCAGCCGGCUGUCUGAGGAGUUCGUCAAUGUGGCGACCUCGGCUUAG